AUGAGCACCCGCAUCACCCGCAGCGAAGCACGCAGGAUCAUGGAAAUCCACCAACCAUCCGAAGGAUCCAGCCCGGGGCUAGGACGGUCAACAUCCCGGCCUAUCCGAGCUCCGCGGCGGAUCCCGAAGAGAGGGGUUCCGGAGCCUGUUGUCAGUUCUGACAGCGACGUCCAGGUGGUGGACGACGAGCCGGGCAAGCAGAUUAGAUGGCGAAUCCGGAGGGCGAUUGACCGCAGCAACGGCCAUAUCCCGACAGGCACUGCCGAGGUGGAGUGGGCUAGCGAGGAGCCACCCCAGGACCUGCCGACGAUCGGGGACCAGGCCGAGAUGGCCAACGAGGAACUACCCCAGGCCACAACAGCGCCGGGCGAGCAGGGACCCACGCAGCCUCAGGACAUGCCGAUGUCCAACGACUACGUCAGCUACAUCGUAGCGGCGACACUGGAGAACCGUCGACGGUGUGAGGAGCGACGCAAGAAUGCGGAACAGCAGCGGCAGCAGAUGGAGAACUCGCCGGAAUGGCAGGCCCAAUUACGGGCGGCCGAGGAGGAGGAGCAGCAGCUGUGGGAGAAUCCGGGGUAUCCUCCGACGCCGAGGUACAUCCCCGAGCCCCGCAUCCAGCCUACCGAAGGGGCAAUGGAAUGGGCAGCAUCUCCGCCACGGUGGCUGCCUGAGAUUCCGCCGACACCGCGGUACGAGGGGUCACCCAAGUGGAGGCCCGCACGACCACCCACGCCUCGUUUCGAACCGACGCAGCAGCAGCAGCCCGAGCCGUCGCUACAACAGCACCCCGAGCCGUCGCUACAACAGCACCCCGAGCCACCGCAGCCGCAGCAAGCCGAGAUGCCGCCGCCGCCACAGCCUGAGCCAUCACAACCACAGCAGCAAUGUUCGGAUCUGGGGGAGCACCACGUCCGCACGGACAUCCCAGCAGCACACGUGAGCCAUAGUUCGCGAACGUUUGUGGUCGAUGGUGUGCGGUGGUGGCAGCAGACCAUGACGUGGACGUGGCCAGAGGGACCUGUGAAGGACGAAGCAGCUGACGAGGAACCGCGGAUUUGGGAGGAGGAGGCGCCACGCGUAAGCCCGAGGGACCCAAGGGUCCGCGGCAGACCCGAGGCAUCGACGACGCCAGCACCAACGGCCAAGGAGCCCUGGACUCCGCCGACGCCAAGCACCGGGCCGGGAACACCCGCGUCAUCGAGCCCAGGAUCAGCAACGGACGAAGCGACGAGGCGGGACGAACCGUUGGAGAGGGGUCCGUGGGUGUGGCCGGAACCGCUGGCCUGUCAACGGCCACCGUUCAAACGAAAAUAUUCCGCGCCGGAGGUCAGAGAGGAGGUCGCGAGGCCAAAACUAUUGCGGCAAAUGUCGGCGCCGGAAGGUCAGCGGUGGCGCGAGAUCGGCGAGGGAGAAUGGCCCGAAGGUAUCGCGGGCAUGCAGGCGGUAAAGGAGGCACGUAUCCUGGGAGGCCGGCGAAGUGUGCGCAUAAGGAUGGACCGGCGCGCGUUCCGCGUUAGGUUGGGUUCCGCGGGCAUGAGAGUUUUCGAGGAGCAGAGUUGA